AUGUCACUUGCCUCAUCCUCCUCUUUCUCCAAAAAUCACCCACCGUCCACUGGCAUCAAAGCGACCUCCCACGACCACCCGCUGCUCACCCAGGAGGAGAGCAAGACCCGCCACCGACGAGCGUCCUCCGUCUCGAAACCCCCGCAGCUCGUCUUCCCUACCGCUUGGGCGUUCCCGUUCCCGGCCAGAAACAACACCGAAGCGGGCAGCUCAAAGCCAAAGCCAGCGAGACCACCCAGGUCGCCUCUGCGACCCAGUUUCCCGAGUGCCAAGCGCCACAGACGCGCAUCUAGUGCUGCCACUCCCAGCGAGCGGACCAGGACCGACUCGAACUUGAGCUAUAGCGGUAUAGAAUACCUCCGAGGUGUGCUCAGAUCUUUCAGCCAGUCGUUAUCGAACGAUAUUCAAGAGUCGGAAGAGUCUGACGAACACGGUGUUGAACUCCAGCCUUCCGAUCCCAUUGAAGAAGCCCGUCAUCGAAGAAACUCGUCUCUUACGCUGCCGCCCUACUUUCGACAAUCUUCAUCGUUACAAACAGCCCACGUAUCCGACAUGUCUCUCGCCGAGCAGCGCUCUACACAGCGCAUAGUCGACGAGCUCCUGGGCGAGCUCGGUCCAGGCUCUCCCCGCGGUUCUCCCACUUUCCCCCAAGCACCCCCAAAAUACCUCGACCGAGUGCGCAAACAUACAGAGUAUGGCCACCGGCGCACAAACUCUUCCCCUGGAGGAUCUCUCACAUCCGAGGGUGAUCUCAGAGCUCGUACACUCAGCGGCGGCACGUUUGGACGGCUGGUCAGCGGGCCUGAUUCGGAUCGUGCUACGUUGAAAGGCGCCAGGGGUGGGACAGCGACGGCGCCGACUUCGCCUGUGCUCAGUCAAGUGCGCUUGCCUUUUGCUGCUGCUGCGCAACGACAGGCUGAGCCUAUUGCAUCGCAAGAGUCACUUGCCAAACUUCCUGCGACGACGGCUCAGCCGGUGCUGCCUCUGCCGCCUCCUCCGAGCCAGCCACGAGAGACCGAGGAUCUUAGCGCAUCUCUGCCCCAGCCUCCUCCGCACGUUCGUGUAACCAAAUCAUCCGUCCCUCCAGCUAGCCCUCCUCCCACUGGGCUUCCCCCCCAACCGCCUGUCGUUCCUAUCAAUGUGGCUCUUGCCGGAAAUCAUCCGUUUGCGGCGGUCGUUCAGAUGAUGGAGAAGGGUGAUUCGCCGUCCAAGCGGAAAAGCAGUGGAACCGUUCACAACGAGAAAGGCAAAGGGCGUGAAGAGGCAGGCGAGGGAAGAGCGCAGACUGUGAGAAGAGGCUACAUUGGCCCCGGAGGCAUCAUGCACCGUAUUACAUCAAGCCAGUCUUUGAGCAAGGUUCGCAGUGCUCUACCAUUCGCCAAACCGACCGCACAAUCAACUACCUCCGUCCCCCUAACCCCGGGCUUCUCGACGACCCCCACACCCACAUCUACUACGUUCCUGCGCCCCGCGCCGCCUCCACCUCAAACACUCACAGCCAACCAUCUCACGUUCGCCCCGUCGUCCGCCCGAAGCCCCUCCCCAGCCCCAUCAAAACAAUCAUUCCUAUCCCCCAGCGCCGAGUAUGCUCCCAGCAGACUCCAACAGCCUACCCGCGGAUCUACGAGAAUGUCGGGGAGGCUUUCGCAGAUGGGCUUACCAGAGGAUGUGGACAUGAUUGAGAUACCGAGGUUCAAGAAGAAGGAGUUAAAUUUGGGGUUGGUGAGGAAGCAGGCGGCGGCGCAGAGGUUGGUUUGGUUGGGGUUGGGCGGGUUGUGGGGUAUCAAUGGGUUGUUGAGCUUGUUCUUUGACGUCAAUGUCAUGUACAUGCUCGUACAUGCCAAGGGCUGGCAGUUCGCUGCUGCAGCUUAUGGUAUUCUUUGGGGUGUAUCGACUUUGGUGGUGUGGCUUGGCUGGGAAUUGGGCUACGAAUUCUGGCGACGAUGGAGACUUGACCGCCCCGCUAUCGAGCCCAUCUACUUUUCCCUUCCCGCCUCACUCCAUCUCGCCCUCAAAUCCUACGACCACUUUCUCUUCCUCCUCCACAUCCGCACCUCUCCCCUCCGGACACCGUUCGCAAGAGACAUCAUCCCCGAAACGUGUUAUGCGCUGGUCCAGCUGUUUCCGGGGCUGAUACCGUUAUUGCCGAGGGCGGCUAUUGCGGUGGUACUGUUGAUCAGUUUUUGGUCACCCGCGACGGAUAUCCAAGCGCCCUUUGGCGGGAGGGUCGACCAUGUCGCCGAGAGAGACGACCAUUUCUUCCGAAGCGACGCUGUCGGGCAGCUUACAGAGUACGCCAAAGGCGUCCUGCUGGCCUUCACAGUCUACAUCGCCUUUCGCCUUCUUAUCGUGCUGGGCUCUGCCAUCGGCUUGUGGAUGUUUUCAGGCAGACCCCUAGGCGGCCUCGUAGGCCACCGCUUCCGCAACCUCUUUUCCAAAACCAAACGCCACUCUACCAUGAACCCUCCUUCGACCCCGCAUAGACGUCGUCCGAAAUCGUCUUUCCAGCCGCGCGAUCCGAAUCUCACACAAUCGCCCCAGAAAAGCUGGGUUGACCAUGAAAACGCGUGGGAUUGGGCUUGGAAAGAACGGACGCGGGCGAGGGUGCAGGAUGCGUUUGAGCUUUGUAUCGUGCGUGUUGAGGGGUCGGGUGUGGGGCCGCGGAAUAGUAUCUUUGCUGGAUCGCGAGCUGGGAAUGACGGGACGAGACGGGGCGAGAUGCCUUGGGGCCGAGCAAUGGAUAGGGAGAUGGGAACGCAGGAAACGAUCCGGCUGGACGAUAGGGACGUCAAGGGACCUUCGUACUCUGCCGACGACUUUAUCCAGCAGAUCACUACGGACAAGAAUGCUUCCCAUCUCACGCUUCCUCAAGUGUGGGAACCUCCCCGGCCCGAAUCGUCUACGCUCGAACGCCCGGUACGGCCCACCACCUCGCGGGCCGGGACGAUGGCGACAGCCAGUUCGCAAGAUGUGUUUUACACGCCUACGAAUGGCAACACGCCUGUCCUCGAAAAGAGCCGCUCAGCUGCAGAAGCUGGUGCACCCAAAACCCGUGCCCCGCCGAGCGCAUACAAGCCGCACGGGCUGCUGACCGAAUUCGGCGUCAAAGAAGAAGGUCGCGAGAGCCCCGACUCGGACGACGACGAGUCUGUCGGUUUACUGUCUGCUCAUACGAGCCCGAGACAUAGUUUACGGGCACGCACAAUGUCGGGCGGGUCAAAGAGUCUGCGGGAUAGGACAUUGUCAAACAGUUCGCGCCGCUCACGCAAUAUCUCGGGCAACUCGUCUACCAACACAUCCAACUCGCACUCUCACUCUGCUUCGACGUCGUCUACCACCCGGCGUAGGGCGCAUACCACCUCCCACCCGGGGUCUGCGGAUUCUCCAAGGGCGAGGUCGAGCAGUAUCACGAUGAUCCGUGAAAGCCUAAGUAACGCCGCGUCGGUCGUUGGGGAGGGAAGCCAAGGUUUCAUGAGGAGAGCGAGGAGCGGGACGGUGAUGAGCAGUAUGGAUGGCAAGGUGAAGCGAUAUAGGAGGAUGGACGGAGAGGAGAGCGAGGAUGAGGAGUUGGCCGAGCAUGGUAGCCCGGUCACUCCGAGAUCAAAACAUGAUACGACUAUGGGCAUGCCCUUUGGCGUCCCUCCAUCUACAAAAUAA